AUGGAAGAACUGUAGCUGAAGGAGAGAGACAACACACUCUUUCAGCAUGGAGACUGUUCUGGCUGAUGGGGAGCUUGACAAAACUUCAGCCUUCACAAAAGCAUGUUUUUUUUAAAAAGGUGUCCUGAAGCGAGGCUGUGUACGUUUUACUACAUAGAAAUCUGAAGUUGGGCAGAUCCAGCACAAACUAGGAUAAAAGUGAUCAUCUUAUAUCGCACUUUCCAUUAAGCAUUAAGCCUGAGUUCAAUCACAUCAUGGUGAUAACAGAGACUCUCAUGGACCAUCAACAGUGGUAACAAACAGCGAUGAAUCGCAGCUUUUAACUCCAGGAAAAAUGAGCCAGCGCCAGGGGAAAGAAGCUUUUUUUACUCCAACCAAAGAGUUACUCCAGCCAUCUCUCAGCCCAGCAACUGCUCACAGCCAUGGUUUUGACAAAGGGAAGGAUGAUGCCUCACAAAGCAAAGAGGAUACAGCACAUUCUAUGUCCAAAAGCAAGUCUGAAUCCAAGCUUUUCAAUGGCUCUGAGAAAGACAUCUCUUUAUCUUCAAGCAAACUUACCAAAAAGGAAUCUCUCAAGGUUCAAAAGAAAAAUUACAGAGAGGAAAAGAAGAGAGCUACGAAAGAAUUGCUCAGCACAAUCACAGACCCAUCAGUUAUUGUUAUGGCUGAUUGGCUGAAGAUUCGGGGUACCUUGAAAAGCUGGACCAAACUGUGGUGUGUACUGAAACCAGGAGUGUUGCUUGUUUACAAAACACCCAAGAAUGGCCAGUGGGUGGGAACAGUGCUCCUGAAUGCUUGUGAACUCAUUGAGAGACCUUCUAAAAAAGAUGGCUUUUGUUUCAAACUUUUUCAUCCUUUGGAGCAGUCCAUAUGGGCUAUAAAGGGUCCAAAAGGUGAAGCAGUUGGUUCUAUAACUCAGCCACUACCCAGCAGUUACUUGAUCAUCCGAGCCGCUUCAGAAUCAGAUGGCAGGUGUUGGAUGGAUGCUUUGGAGCUGGCUUUGAAAUGUUCAAGUCUACUUAAACGUACAAUGAUUAGAGAAGGUAAAGAACAUGACUUGAAUUCUUCAAGUGACAGUGCUCAUGUCUCUCUCUAUGGCCUGCUUCGUGCUAACAACUUAAACAGUGGAGAGAACUUACCAUUAAAUGACAGUGAAAUCGAAAGGCAUCACUUUAAAGACCAAGAUAUGUAUUCUGAUAAAUCUGAUAAGGAAAAUGAUCAUGAACAUGAUGAGUCUGAUAACGAUGGAUUGGGGAAAAGUGAAGAAAGUGAUAGCGACACAUCAGAGCGACAGGAUGACUCUUAUGUUGAUCCAGAGCCAAUUGAUAUCAAAGAAACAACUUACUUAGAACAAAGUCAUGAAGAACUUGGAGAGGCAGGGGAGGCUGCUCAGACAGAAGUAGUGUCUGAAGAAAACAAAAGUUUGAUCUGGACACUUCUGAAGCAAGUCCGUCCAGGAAUGGACUUAUCCAAGGUUGUACUGCCUACGUUUAUCUUGGAACCUCGUUCUUUCCUUGACAAGCUAUCUGAUUACUACUACCAUGCAGACUUCCUAUCCGAAGCUGCUCUUGAAGAGAAUGCUUACAAUCGCAUGAAAAAAGUAGUAAAGUGGUAUUUGUCUGGAUUCUACAAAAAGCCAAAGGGACUAAAAAAGCCGUACAAUCCUAUACUUGGUGAGACUUUCCGCUGCAUGUGGAUCCAUCCAAGGACGAACAGCAAGACUUUUUACAUUGCAGAACAGGUAUCCCAUCAUCCCCCAAUAUCUGCCUUCUAUGUUAGCAACCGCAAGGACGGUUUUUGCCUUAGUGGUAGCAUUCUGGCCAAAUCAAAAUUCUAUGGGAAUUCAUUAUCUGCCAUACUAGAUGGAGAAGGACGGCUAACAUUCCUAAAUAGAGGAGAAGAUUAUGUAAUGACUAUGCCAUAUGCUCACUGUAAAGGAAUUCUUUAUGGCACAAUGACCUUAGAGCUUGGGGGAACGGUCAACAUUACCUGUGAAAAAACUGGCUACAGUGCAACCAUUGAAUUUAAACUAAAGCCAUUUUUAGGUAACAAUGACAGUGUUAAUCAAAUAUCAGGGAAAAUUAAGCUUGGCAAAGAAGUUCUGGCUAUUUUGGAGGGCCACUGGGACAGUGAAGUUACUAUUAGGGACAAGAAGACCGAUGUUUCGGAGACGUUCUGGAACCCAACUUCUGAUAUCAAGCAGCGUAGAUUACCUAGAUACACUGUGAAGUUUGAAGAGCAAGAUGACUUUGAGUCAGAGAAGCUUUGGCAACAAGUGACUAAAGCAAUAAAUAAUAAAGACCAAACAGAAGCUACUCAAGAGAAGUAUGUUCUGGAGGAAGCUCAGAGAAAGAGUGCCAAAGAGAGGAAACUUAAGGGUGAAGAGUGGACGUGCAAGCUGUUCGAUCAGGAUUCAGUCACAGGAGAAUGGCACUACAGAUACGCCGAUACCAGGCCAUGGGACCCUUUGAAUGAUAUGAUUCAGUUUGAAAAAGAUGGCACAAUCCAAACAAAAGUUCGGCAUCGGACACCAAUGGUUAGCGUUCCAAAAAUCAAGCGAAAAACAACCAGCCAGAAAAAAGGGGAGUGUGGUUUCUCAUCCCCUGAGCCUGAUAAUCAGGAUUCCUCUGGAAGUGAAGCGCAACUUAUGAAGCAUAAUACAAGAAUAAGGAAAAAGGGGGCAGACCUUGGUGAACUGCAGAGUGCCAUUGAAUCUAUAAAGGAAACACAAGAAGACAUUAAGAGGGACAUAAUGGCUCUACGAAAUCGAGUCACUUCUAAUUCCCCACCUGUGGACAACCAGUUUUUGCAGCUGAAGCACUAUAUCUUCAUUUUACUCUUGGUUCUGCUACAGCUUAUUAUCAAUUUCUUGUUCAAAUAGGAAGUGUGAACAAGAGCCUUUCUGAACUGGAAUGAUCAAACUCUUACCGGGGACCAUAUUUUAAGUUGGACUUUAAAUGAUGCAAUAUUAUCUAAAAGAGCCUUGUAGCAACAACUUGCAGAAUUUUUUGCCUCAGAGUCCGUGGUUCAGAAUCAUCCUCCCGUCUACCCAGUUGAAGUAAGAAUCGUGUAAGUGCCAGUACACUCUUGCUCCUGGUGUGUGCCUCUGUCUCAGACAUACAGCAUCAGCCUUGUGUUUUAUAUUACGUCACACGCUGUACUGAUGAAUCUUCACCACAGAAUAGAUAAAUUCGAAAUUCAGAGGUCAGGCACUGUAGGUUGAACCUGAUUCCUGUUUUGGUAGUGUAAUAAACAAGCAGACUUUGUUACAUUUAAACUUACAAUUUUUGUAACAAAGUAACUUUUAAAGCAACCAGGCUUACCAAUUUUUUUUUUGUUUUUGUUUUUGUUUAUUUUUGUUUUUUGUUUUUUGUUUUUUUUUAAAUGGUGUUGGGUGUUUGGAUGUGAACUUUUAUUUAAGGUCAAAUUAAUACAUUAUUAUACAAAGGUCAUGACUGUUAGGAACUGGCAAGUACAAAGCUGAAGUCUCUGGGAAUUCUGCAAUUUAUGUCCCUGAUUUGUUUUGGAGGUGUGACAGUUUUUGUCCUGAAUUACUGCAGUGGCUUAUAAGCCAAUCUUUUUUUUAAAAAAAAAUUAUUUUAUAGUUUUAAAACUUGAGGUUUUUCACAAAAACAUUCCUGCAUCUACUGUACAGAGCACGUUUUUAAUAGCGCAGCACCUGGAAAAGUACUGUGUUUGUACACUCACACUCAUGAACUGCAAAUGCUGAGGUUUUAGGGUUUGUUUUUUAAGUCUUGAUAAAUCUGAAAGUCCUGAAUUUAUAUUGGAGUAUGACUGCGUCUCAGUAAGAAGGCAGACUACCGAUGCCAGGACUCUUUCUUAUUUCAGAAACAAAAUGUGAAGAUGAAAAAGUUACACUUAGUAUAUAGCAUGAGUUGAGCUUUCCAAAGGAGAAACUGUGUGGAACAUAAUUUGGCCAGUCAGCAGAUCAUCUGCAAAUGAGAAUGUGUGUUUACAAGGGAAAUGGCUUCAAAAAUGGUGGGAUGGCUAUCAAAACAAAAAUAAGAACAAACGAUAGUGAAAUGCUGUUUGUUACAUUCAUGGUGUAUAUAUACUACCUAACUGAAUAUUCAGUGCACCUAUUCAUUAUCUGCAGCCAUACCAAUUUAUGUGAACUUUAAAUUUCAAGUUAAAACCAGGUUUGUAGCAUUUUGUUGGAAGAACAGCAUGCAUGUACAGAACAUACAGAAUUUCAGCUGAAAAAGUGGUACCAAUGUUUAUCUGGUGAAUUCCUUCUGGCAAUCAAGCCUUUCCAUGUACAUGUAUCAAGUCAAAAAGUAGCCGUAGUGUUGUAAAGCUACUUUCAGCAACCCAGAUAAGACAGCAGGAAGACGGGAGACACAAAGUAUAGCCAAGUUUGUUUUCAGUGGGUCCUCUCAGAAAUCAAAUGGAAAGUUUAGAGCUGCCAUGGCCUUGGGCAGCCUCAAUAACUCUUCAAGUGAUCUCACAUUUUGUUCUGCAUCAGUCUUGUUCAGCAUUUGGUGAAAAUUCUAUUUACUUAGUCAAGUUCAUUUGUUCCCAUGGCUGACAUCUUCACAGCACUUCACUUUCUAUUUCAUCUUACCCCUUCUUUGGAUCUCAGCUGUGUGAAAGUUCAUUGCUUAAGCAGUCACUUCAGCUUAUUUCUUACAGCUUUGUACUAGCAUAGCUUGUUCUGGAAUCAGUUUUUGGAAUGUGGACUCUAUUUGUCUACAACUGAUGAGGUGGAAUUUGAGAAUAUAGGAAGUUCCUUACCGUUAGGUUUUGCGUCCCUAAGUUAAGUCUGUAACAGAAACUGAAGUUGUUUGCCAUAUAUAAAAUGACUUAAAAAAAGCAGAAUACUAUAGUAUUAAUUUAAUCUACUCGGCAUGGAAUUGGGCCAUUUGUUACAGUGCUCAAAUGUCAAAGCUUCAUCUGUCAUAACGAUCCAUUACAGGUUCCUAUGCAUACUCCAUGUGUGGGAGUAAUAUAAAAGGAAGUGAGUGAGGUAAAAAUAAAAUCAGAAUUUGAGCAAUAACUUUAAUCCCCUAAAAUAGCUCUGCUAAAUUUGUGGUGCUGAAAACUCUUGACUGACAGUUACAAGCUUUUUAUCUGCCUUGUAAAUGGAAAUGUCCUUCUGCUCUUUUAUUUUGAUUUUAAUCCUUCUAUUUAAGAUCAGUCACUAACACAGACUGGAUGUAUUUUUACAUUCACUGUUCAUGGAUUUGACCCAGCUAUCUGGCUGGCAGCACAGUGUCGGACAACAUCAGACUAAACAAAUGUUCCAUAUCUGAAAUUCAGGUUCAGCUCAAGGCAAGUCAGAGUUGAACGGAGUGAGCCAAAAUGCCUAUGCUUAUGUUUCUUUUCAACUUAUUUUUAGAGGUUACUUCUGUUGUAAAAGUGGUCUUAGUCGUGGUCCAGGAAAGUAAAGGAUAUGUGAUGAAACUUUUAAAAAGUAAAACUGCAGAUUCUGCUUGAUAGAACGACUGGAUUUCUUAAAUUUCUAGAAAGUACAUCAGAGUCCAGCAUUUUGCUGGAUGAUGUUCCCCAGUGUGAACAGGACGGCAUCGUUUCCUGCCUGAUGCUUGCAGUACAGCUGCCCAGGGCCUGGUGUGUGAGGGCUUUUCUGUGGCACAUCACAAUUGUCUGCUUACCCAUGACGUGUGGCUGAUCUUGAAUAUGAAGUAUGUAAUGCUGAGCUCUGUGUGAGUUACGGAACGGGCUGUACAGCUUGCAGAUGUGUGAGAGCUGCAGCUUCCCAGUUUUUAUGAUUAAACAGCACUUCUUUGUUUUCACAUUUGUUUUAAAGAUCUCGAGGGGGUGGUUGUUUUUUCUUGUACAGGAAAUACCGUCAGAAAUUGUUGCCACGUGGUUUUAUUGUUUUGUUUUCAAAUGCACUCUAAGCCUUUAAUUUGCCAUUAGGUACAGAUUGCCUAGCUAGGUGCCCGUGACCUAGGUUAAAAGAGCAAAUGUGAGAUGUCACAGGGCACUGUUUCAGCAGCAGAUGUCGUGCAUUUCACAGGUGGAUGUCUUUUAAAGACAAGGCAUUGCUUGCUGAGGGCAAAGCCUGCUUUCCCCCCCAGUUUAACCUUGUCAAGAAAUUGUCUUAUAGGUCUUCCUUCCAAAUGGUGUUUUCUCUUUCUUUCCUCUUUGUUUGCCACCCUCCUGUGCCUUUGGGAUUUCCUUUAUUUUUUAUGGGUUUUUUAAUUAUUUUUUUUUUUUUUGCCAGACUGGUGUUUAUGGAGCAGACUCUGGUUCGAUGUGUAGUGUGUUUUCUUAAGAGGCUGUUACUUCACCGCUGUAUAUGUAAAUAACGGAUAACAGGGGUUCUUCUGUACAUCUGUAAGUUUUAUUGGUUUUUAAGGGUACCCUCCAGUCGCUGAAAACUGAGCGGAUGGAAGCUUUGUAAACAGUGCCUUCCCGAGGGGUUUCUUGCUGUUCCCAGACACGGUUCGUCAAGUUUGUGCCAUAUGUAACACCCGCCCUUUCCUGAAGGCUUGCGUGUUUGAAACUAGCUCCCCUGCUGCGUCCGACCCUCCGGUUACAAAUAAAAAACGGAAAAUA